AUGAAUAUAGGAAAUCUGACUAUUUUUACCUUUGCUGAGUUACCACCAGUGUUAUUCUCGCCUUCAAUGAGAAUAACUCGCCCACCUUCAGUGAUGAUUUCAAGAGAAGCUGAAAGACCAGCCAAUCCUCCACCGACAACAACAACAGUCGGCUCAGCAGCCAUCAAUGGAGCCAUUACUGCAACCGAAAACAGAACCCAAUUCAUCAAAUUCUGA